AUGAAGACGACCAAAUGUCGUUCGGAAGAGGCAGGGUUGUGGAUGAGGGGCGUGGUGGCGUUUCUGAAUGGUCUGGGUGUGCCGGCCAAGCCCUCUGAGCUACAAGAGGAGGCGCCGUUUGGGGCGGCCGAGGCGCCGCAGGCGCCGUGGGGAGCGGAAUUUGAGACGUUGGUGGCUACCUUGACGGUAGGCCCGAGAGCCCGUGCUGUGACGAUGCAUCACAUGCGGAACCUGUUGGCCUCGCAGGUUCUACAGGACGGGCCGCCUGAAGAAGUGGUGGAGAGAUUCCGGACUCUGUGCGCACAGGCAUUGACGGCGGAGCGCCAGCCAGGACCAUUUUACCUCCGGCGAGUGGUCGAGGAGUAUGAGCAGUGGACACACGCCGGCAUUUCGGAGGUGCGGGAGUGGCUUGAGUCCGACGUUACGGCCGAAGCCAAGGUGAGGCGGCUAAAGCGAACCUACAAGUGGUUGGCUUCCCACGCAGCCCCCCCCCGGACGCUCCAAGACGCCGCGAUUCCGAUGUACCUUUUCCCUGCCAAUGACGGCUCCUGUCGCAUCAUGCGGUCUCCACCGGCUCUUGCGCGCUGGGCACACUACUUGCGCUCCGCGCGGGAUAUGACCCCACAACGGCGCCUCAAGACCCUUCUCGUCCUUUCUCGCUGGAACCCGAUCCAGGCUUGCCAGGCUGUCCGUCCACUCCAUGAGAUGACGUGUGUUCAUGAACAUAUUUUGUCCUCCUUAGAGAACCUUAACCAAAGGCUGACAAUUACCGAUAAUGAACUCCGAGAAACCGCGGCGGCCGCUUUUUACGAUACCGAGGCUGCUGGGACGCCCGAAGCCGAAGCUGCUGCGACGCCCGCCGGUGCUCCAACCGUAGCUGCGGGGGUGUCCGGGGUCGCUGGCCAGGUAGACGAGGCGUUUGAGCAGACCGUGGCAGAUGUGGCCGAGUUCAUCUCCGCCAUGAAAGAGUCCCUGAACGCGGACCUGGAGGAGUUCUCUACGGUUUCUGGGGUCAAUCGAAAAGACCUGAUUGAGUCCCGGAUUAGGGAGAGGAGCAGCUGGGGAAUGUUGCAGCGGUGGAUGAAUAAGCUGGCGGCACGGCGAUUCCGGAGUUUACGCAAGCGAUACAGCGAGGCCUACGAACAAUGCACAGACCGUUUUCUGGCGACCUACUUUGACAACGCGGUUGACGAGUUCGGGGGUGGGGAGUUUCCGGUUGCCGGGUUUCCAGUGGGGUCCGAAGUAAAAAUCCAUUCCUUCGCGGACUACCGGAACCGCGACUUGCGCGACCGCGCGUGGAUGGAGGAAGUGCUUGUGCGUGGCCUGGUGCACGUUCUGCGCAGUUAUCAGGAACCCGCGGAGUUUGUGACGAGAUUAAUAACGCAUGAGACAGUCACCUUCACACUCCCCAUACUCCAGGUCUACGAAGCCUACGAGACUGCCGCGUCCGAACUCGUCGACAAAGUGGCCUUGGAACAAGCAUACGAGUACGCAGCCCGCGCCCUCAUGGUCCUACUGGUGACACUCAGCCAACAACUCACCUCGCCGCCACAACCCUCGUGGAUCAAUCGACUUGUUGGCUUGUUCGGCUUCUGA